GCCGAUUUGAGCAAUAUAAAGCACACGGUCCGCGAUUUUUUUUUUCUCUUCUCCUCUCCACUCGAACCCACCAAAAUCUUUUCGCUCUUUGUUCUUUUACUUCGGGCUCGGGUGGAGAGGAGACCAGACACACUAAAAAGCUCAAGAAUAAUAAUUUCAUGUCACUCCCAAGCCUAGCAGAUCUUGCUGUUCGACCGACUCUUCUACGCUCCCCGGCAAGCCAAUAUCAAGUCCCUACACCGUUGGCCACCACUGUCCAAGGGGAUCGAAAUGACAAUGAGGACAGUCUCAUUGAGGCCGUCCUCGAACUAAGCGACGGCUCGGCAUACAGAGGUAUUAGUUUUGGUACACAAAGCAAAAGUGUAGCAGGAGAAUGCGUCUUCCAAACAGGAAUGGUCGGAUACACUGAGUCGCUCACCGAUCCGUCGUAUGAAGGCCAAAUCCUCGUGCUCACAUAUCCUCUGGUUGGCAACUAUGGUGUGCCCGAGCGACCAAAAAACCCUCUUGAAGACCUACCCAUUGAAUUCGAAUCUUCCAGAAUCCACGUAGCAGCUCUUGUUGUUGGAUACUACUCCGAAGACUUCAGUCAUUUCCUCGCAAAAUCCUCUUUGGGUGCUUGGCUUAAAGAGAACGGUGUUCCAGCUAUAUACGGUGUUGACACGCGUGUUCUCACCAAGAAAAUUAGGGAACAGGGCUCUAUGUUGGGAAAGGUUCUCGCAAGGAAACCAGGACACAGACUUCCUUCCUCAUUUAGGGCCGCAGAGUCGAGGGACGUAUCAAGAGCACCUUCGCCCCACCAUCUGCAGUCUGCCUCAUGGAGAGAAAACUACAUCGACAUUCCUUUUUACGAUCCUAACCAGACCAACCUCGUUGCCGCUGUCUCCAUCCCCCAGCCAAAGGUGUACAAACCGACCACCGAACCGGUCAUGCAUCCUACUAAAGCUCGCCCAAUUCGUGUUCUCGCGAUCGACGUUGGGAUGAAGUACAACCAGAUUCGAUGCUUCAUUCAGCGCGGUGUCGAGCUCAAGGUAAUUCCAUGGAACUACGACUUGUUAGCCGAAGAGGAGGAUUAUGACGGGCUCUUUAUUUCGAACGGUCCCGGUGAUCCCACCUUGGUCUCCGAGACUGUUUCCCGCAUAUCCAAAGUUCUCUCCUUUCAAAAAGUCAAACCCGUAUUCGGGAUUUGUUUGGGUCACCAACUUCUUGCGCUCGCAGCUGGUGCGACGACUUCUAAGAUGAAGUAUGGUAAUCGUGGACAUAAUAUCCCGUGUACAGAUCUCCUCUCAGGACGUUGCUAUAUUACCUCCCAGAACCACGGGUACCAAGUGGAUGGAGGGAACUCACUACCUGCUGGGUGGAAGGAGCUGUUUGUGAAUGCCAACGACGGAAGCAACGAGGGUAUCUACUGUGUUGACAAACCUUUCUUCUCCGUUCAAUUCCAUCCCGAGUCAACUCCUGGCCCAAGAGACACAGAGUUCCUCUUCGAUGUCUUUAUCAGGAAUGUGGUGGAUUGUGUCGCUAUGGAUGGAGUAGGGCUCAAGCCACUCGAGAUGCCCGGUGGAAAGAAAGAAGAGAACGAUAGACGCGUUCCACAUGCUCAAGUCACAAAAGUUCUCAUUUUGGGUUCUGGUGGUCUUUCUAUCGGACAAGCCGGGGAGUUCGACUACUCAGGUUCACAAGCGAUCAAGGCGCUCAAGGAGGAGGGAAUCUACACCAUCAUGGUAAAUCCUAACAUUGCCACCAUCGCCACUUCCAAGGGUCUCGCCGAUAAGGUCUACUUCUUGCCAGUCACACCUGACUUUGUUAGGAAGAUCAUCAAGUACGAGAAACCUGAUGGUAUCUAUGUCACCUUUGGAGGACAAACGGCCCUGAACGUCGGUAUCAAGCUAAAGGAUGAGUUCGAGGAGCUGGGGGUUAAGGUAUUGGGAACCCCGAUCGAUACGAUUAUCAUGACCGAAGACCGACAAUUGUUUGCGAAUGCGAUGGCUGAGAUUGGUGAGCGGUGUGCGAAGAGUUUCUCGGCAACGAACAUCGAGGAGGCCGUAGCCGCGGCAGCUGAUAUUGAGUAUCCGGUGAUUGUCAGAGCAGCAUAUGCUCUGGGUGGGUUGGGAAGCGGUUUCGCGCAAGAUGAGUCUGGAUUGAAGGCGUUGUGUGAAAAGGCUUUCGCGACUAGCCCUCAGGUUCUGGUGGAGAAGAGUAUGAAGGGAUGGAAGGAGAUCGAGUACGAAGUCGUCAGAGACUGCAGAGAUAACUGUAUCACCGUCUGCAAUAUGGAGAACUUUGACCCAUUGGGAAUCCAUACCGGUGACUCCAUCGUCGUCGCACCUUCUCAGACCCUCUCCGACUCGGACUAUAACAUGCUCAGAACGACUGCUAUCAACGUUAUCAGGCAUCUCGGCGUCGUCGGUGAAUGCAACAUUCAGUAUGCCCUCAAUCCUGACUCGCAAGAGUAUUGCAUCAUCGAGGUCAAUGCACGUCUUUCUCGUUCAUCCGCACUUGCCUCCAAAGCUACAGGUUACCCUCUUGCCUUCAUUGCCGCUAAGCUCGGUCUAGGGGUCCCCCUCAAUGAGAUUAAGAACUCGGUCACUAAAGUCACCUCGGCAUGCUUCGAGCCCAGCUUGGACUACGUCGUUGUAAAAAUUCCUCGCUGGGAUUUGAAGAAGUUCAGCCGAGUAUCACGACUGUUGAGCAGCAGCAUGAAGAGUGUCGGGGAGGUCAUGUCCAUCGGUCGUACAUUCGAGGAGACCAUUCAAAAGGCAAUUCGAGCCAUCGAUGACCAAUUUAGUGGAUUCACGAAAAACGAUUUCGUUGAGAACAUUGAUGAAGAGCUCGUGAAUCCUACCGACAAACGAAUUUUCGCAAUUUCCACCGCAUUCCAUCGAGGAUACAGCGUCGAUAAGAUUUGGCAGAUGACUAAUAUCGACAAGUGGUUCUUGACCAAACUGCAGUACAUCUUCAAGAUGGAAGUGUAUCUCUCGAAAGAGGCUCUGAACAUCUCAACUAUUACCGAGGACGAGCUGAAAAGGGCUAAGCAGCUCGGGUUCUCGGACAGAGAGCUCGCAGCCUGUUUGGGGUCUACGGAGCUUGCGGUUAGGAGACUCAGGCAAGAACAUGGGAUCAUGCCUUUCGUGAAGCAGAUAGAUACCGUCGCAGCGGAAUUCCCGGCCUUCACCAACUACCUCUAUACGACUUACAACGCCACCUCUCAUGAUAUCGCCUUCAAUGACCGUGGUGUCGUGGUUCUGGGUUCCGGUGUGUACAGAAUUGGUUCUUCGGUCGAGUUCGAUUGGUGUGCCGUUCGUGCGAUUAGGACUCUACGCGAUCAAGGUCUUCCCACCGUUAUGGUGAAUUACAACCCUGAAACGGUCAGUACGGACUACGAUGAAGCAGACCGGCUGUAUUUUGAGAACAUCAGCCUCGAGACCAUUCUCGAUAUUUACGACACGGAGAGGGCCAGGGGUGUCAUCUUAUCCAUGGGUGGUCAAACCCCCAAUAACAUCGCACUCCCCCUGUUCAGACAAAACGUGAAGAUAUAUGGAACCUCUCCUGAGAUGAUCGACACAGCCGAAAAUCGAUUCAAAUUUUCACGACUGCUGGAUACCAUCGGCGUUGACCAACCGCUUUGGAAGGAGAUGACGAGUAUUGAGGAGGCCUAUGCGUUUUGUGAUAAAGUCGGUUAUCCCGUGCUUGUUAGGCCAUCAUACGUCCUUUCGGGAGCAGCGAUGAACGUCGUCUCGACAGCGGAUGACCUUUCCAAUUACUUGACUCAGGCCACCGCAGUCUCAAGGGAACACCCGGUGGUUAUUACGAAGUAUAUCGAGCAGGCGAAGGAGAUUGAAAUGGAUGCUGUCGCGAAGGAUGGAAAGAUGGUUAUGCAUUACAUUUCUGAGCAUGUCGAGAACGCUGGUGUUCACUCCGGGGAUGCAACGCUUAUCCAUCCUCCGCAAGAUCUCGACCCGCAGACUAUACGCCAAAUCGAAGAUGCGACGGCAAAAAUUGGGAAUGCUCUCAAUGUUACGGGUCCCUUCAAUAUCCAGUUCAUCGCAAAGAAUAACGAAAUCAAGGUUAUCGAAUGCAACCUUCGAGCAGCAAGGUCGUUCCCUUUCGUCUCAAAGGUUACCGGGAUUGAUGCGAUCGAGAUGGCAACGAAGGUCAUGUUAGGGAUACCAGUUGAAAUCUACCCCGACCCUGGACUACCUUCCGACUACGUUGGCGUAAAGGUGCCCCAGUUCAGUUUUAGUCGUUUAUCUGGUGCAGAUCCAGUUCUAGGAGUCGAGAUGGCCUCGACGGGUGAGGUUGCUUGCUUCGGUAAAGACAAGUACGAGGCGUAUCUCAAGGCCCUCAUAUCCACCGGAAUCGUUCCUCCUGAAAAGAACAUCUUGUUUUCUAUCGGGAGUUAUAGGGAGAAAUUAGAGUUAUUACCAUCCGUACAGAAACUUCAUGCUGCUGGAUAUAACAUCUUUGCAACAUCCGGUACGGCAGAUUUCCUGGCAGAGCAUAAUGUACCGUGCAAGUACCUCGAAGCCCUCGGUAACGACACUCGAGAACAGAAGUCCGAGUACUCUCUCACUCAGCACCUUGCGAACAACCUUAUUGACAUGUACAUUAAUCUUCCUUCAAAGAACCAUUACCGUCGUCCUGCAAGCUACGCGAGCAAAGGUUAUCAUACGCGUCGUAUGGCCGUCGAUUUCGCUGUUCCCCUAAUCACGAACGUUAAAAACGCUAAAAUGUUAGCAGAAGCGCUUGUUCGAAAGUUGCCCCUGGAUGUAUCUAGCAUAGACUCCAAGAGCUCUCAUAUCAGUCACACCUUUCCAGGGCUCGUUAACGUCGCUGCUUUCGUUCCCGAGAUUGUUGUCAAGGGGAGCAAAGAUUUGGUAGAGGCUACUCGAGCGUCGAUCAGUGCUGGUUUUACGACCUCCGUGAUCAUUCCCCAAGGACAAAACAGCGGAAUUGUCGACCGCCGAACUCUAGAUAUAGCUCAGGUGAACUUGUCCAGUGGCUCCUACUGCAAUGUUGCGUUUUGUGUGUCUGCCUCUGCAGACAAUGUUCAGUCAAUCGAUGACGAACUGAAAGCAGAAGCUAGAGCAUUAUUCAUCCCCUUCCGAAUCAAUAACGUCUCUAUUCCAAUGACUGCUGUCGCCGCCCAUUUCGCAUCAUGGCCUACAGAGAAACCAAUCGUGACCGAUGCCAAAGGCUCCGAUCUGGCAUCCUUGCUUUUGCUCGCCAGUCUGAAUAAUAGGAGUAUCCACGUCACGGACGUGCAGACAAUUGGUGACAUGCUGCUGAUAUCGUUGAGUAAGGCGAAAAACCUCAAAGUGACUUGCGAUGUCUCGGUCUAUGCACUGUUCUUCACUCGUGAACAAUUCCCUUCCUCGACUUGCCUUCCAUCUGCCGAGAAUCAAAAAGCACUGUGGCAAAAUCUCGAUAUACUCGACGCUUUCUCGGUCGGCAACUUGCCUUAUCGAUUGGGUAUGGAAACUGACCACAGCGCCUCAUUACAUUCGGGAGUCGAAGAAGCCCUUCCUUUGUUGUUGACCGCUGUUACUGAGCGACGCCUCACAUUGGAGGAUAUCAAGCUGCGUUUACAUGACAACCCCGUGCAGAUAUUCGGUCUGCCUGAUCAAUCCCACACCCAUGUUGAGGUCAUUGUCGGACGUAAGGCUCCUUAUCCUAAGCGUUCGACUCUCUGGUCUCCGCUGUACAGUGGUAUCAAAGUAACUGGUGCUGUUCACCGAGUUACCGUACAUGGGCAGACGACGUUCUUAGAUGGAACCCUGUCUCAUACCCCUCUAGGACGAGACAUCUCCUCCGCGACCCUCCUUCAUGCGCCUUCAACCGCCGCACCCCCUGCACCAAAGGAACACGAGUCAUCUCAAACCAAUUUGCUGCCUGUCACGUCGCAUUCCAUGGGAUCAUCAUUGCAUGGCCCCGCUGUCCGGCAAAUUGCAUUCGACGUUCCUCGCCCAUCUUUCCAUCGCCGACACAUUUUGUCUGUGAAGCAAUUUACUCGUCAGGAUCUUUACGACCUAUUCUCUUUGGCCCACGAAAUGCGUCUGUUGGUGGAACGCAAUGGCACUUUGGAUAUUUUGAAGGGCAAAGUGCUAUGCACCGCUUUUUAUGAACCUUCGACGAGGACGAGUGCUUCGUUUGACGCCGCCAUGAAGCGUUGUGGGGGUGAAGUUAUCCAGAUUUCUGCCGACACCUCGUCCGUUGUGAAGGGCGAAACACUCGAAGAUACUAUCAGAACCCUUGGUUGCUACGGUGACGCGAUUGUUCUUCGCCAUCCCGAUGUUGGAAGCGCACAACUUGCUGCAAAGUUCUCUCCCGUACCAAUCAUCAACGCCGGCGAUGGCAUUGGAGAACAUCCUACUCAAGCAUUGCUGGAUGUUUACACCAUUCGUUCCGAAUUGGGUACCAUGAACGGCAAAACGGUCACCAUUCUCGGUGACCUCAAAAAUGGCAGGACUGUGCACAGUCUCGUCACCUUACUGUCCCUAUACUCUGUGUGCCUCAACUUUGUUUCUCCUCCCUCUCUUUCUAUGCCUUCCAAUGUCGUUUCUACUGCUCGUAAGGCUGGUAUUGUUGUCAACCAGUACGAGAGCCUGGAAGAGGUCUUGUCGGAUACGGAUGUUCUAUACGUCACUCGCGUCCAGAAGGAGCGAUUUACGAGCGAAGCUGAAUGGCAACAGGUCAAGAAUGCAUACCGUGUGGAUCAUUCUGUACUCGCAAGAGCGAAGGAGGAGAUGAUCAUCAUGCAUCCACUGCCUCGUUUGAAUGAAAUCGAUCCCGAAGUGGACUUCGAUUCUCGUCGUGCCGUGUACUUCCGGCAGAUGCGAUAUGGUCUUUUUAUCCGGAUGGCUUUGCUUGCCAGUGUUCUGGGUCCAAACGUUUGAAAGAUCACUAGACUGCACUUUCCAUACAUUUAUCGAUGGUUUAUAGUAAGUAAGACAUACUUGAAGGACAUACUUAAAAGCCAG